AUGGCUGCUCCCAGUCACAACCGGCUGGAGGCAGCCCUCUGGGCAUUACUCUUAUCCCAGUUCUUUCUCUUGGGAUUCGCGCAAGUCGAGGCAAACCCAGCUGCGAUGGACUGCAUCAAGACAACCCGCUUUCCUUUGGUCUACACCACUGUUCUUACAAUCUACGCGCCCGCCGAUGACCCAGUCACUAUUCCCUCACUGCGUCUCCCUGGAACAAGCUCUGUCGACAGCUCAGUCCCUGGCUUCACUCCUAUCCCCUUCCCGACCUUCACUUCCAAGGAGUCAACGGAUCAUGUUGGACUGCCUCCACCUUUGAGCUCCUCGGAAUCAUUGAGUGUGCCUCCUCCCGUCAGUCUUCCCGGUGCUCCCAGCUUCUCAGCGUCAGAAUCUUUGAGCUUGUCUCCUCCCAUCAGUCUUCCUGGGUCUCCCAGCUUCUCGGAAUCGCUGAGCGUGCCUCCUCCUAUCAGUCUCCCCAACGCUCCUAGCUUCUCUGGGUCUUCAAAGUCGUUUUCCUGGAAGUUGCCUCCCGUGGACUCAACAACAAGCCGCCAGCCGAUUCCCGUCAUCCCAGGCCCUUCUGAGUCUUCCCAUACAGUUGUACCGUCGCCCGCUCCUACCGCCUCAAGCACUCUGCCAGUCAACACCGGGGAGCCGACUCCCAUCCCUCACGACCCGGAGACAGGCCCCCGCCCGGUCCCCUCUGGUCGCCCAGCUUCUGGCUCCAUCGGUCCCUGGUAUGCACCUCCAGGAAAAUACACGACAGUCUUGCCUCUCAUCGCGACGACAACCGAGCCGGAUGGAAGCCGCAAGACCGCGAACGUUACAUGGCUUUCGAUCGACCUCCCUACCUCGACAACCUCAGACGGCAUGGUCAUUCCCACGGUUGUCCCUGUCUGGAGAUGCAUCUCCCUCAACCUCUGCAACCCGAUCUGCUUGAUCCCAGAGAUCCAGUGCUACACCUCGCCCGAGAAAGACGACGGUUUCUCCUGGCCUAAAGCCCCUCCCGGGCUUGGCAAAGACGACGACUUCCUUCUCUGGUUCUUUGGCCGAUUCACCUGGAACAUUCGCUGGCGUCUCCGUGUCCUUUUCAACUUGGGAACCAACCUGCCCAACUGGCGUAUCGGAACCAAGAUCCCAAGCUGGCGUUGGGAUCUCAACCUUCCCAACUUGCGCCUCGGGACCAACCUACCAACCUGGGGUCGCCUAGUUGGCAUCGGACCCAUUGGCGGCGGCGGUGGUGGAAACAAUCCCAACGAGCCGGAAGACCCCGAUAACCCGGAGCCUUCCCAGCCAACGGCUUCUCCUUCGCCUACCUCUUCAGCAUCCUCCUACUCUUCGUCUUGCACAGAGUCAAUCACCGUUGCCCCCUACUGCACUCGGCCCUGCGUCGUCUCCAAGGUAUCCAACCAUGUCACAAACACCUGGACCACCAGCUGCGACACCGCCAGAUGCUCGACCACGGAGCUCUGCACCAGCGUCCGCACCACCACGACCACGACCUACACCACCAAGAAGCCGAAGGCCACCGGUGCCUGCCGCCCAGGGAAGUGUCCGGCAUGCAGUGACAGCAAGGUCAAGCGCAACGACGGCCUCGAGAAGCGCUCGAGUCUCGAGAAGCGCACCAUUCCCGAAGACGUCAUCGUCCAGAAUACCAUGACCGGCCCCGAGACGUGGGAGAAGGGCGAGAAGGACUGGUGGGAGAACAUGCGCCGCGUCGUCAAGUACUACGGUCCCGGAUACCACCAGAGCAGCCCCAUCCAUGCCGACUCGUCAGCCAUAUACGAGGACUUUUCCAAGACGUACCCGAUGGGAGGCGGCAGCGGACCCGUAUGGGGAUGCGCGAUGGUCGCGGUCUUCUCGCCCACUGGAAUCUACACAAACCACAUGUGGGAAGUUCCCAACUUCUCGAUUCCCGACGAGGACCGAGAGGCUUUCGACACUGACACCUUGAACUACGAUGAGGCACACUACUUCCGGCAGAAUGUCCACCACUUCCUUCGACAUGGCUCCGCCGCCUGGACCGAUCAGAAGCAGUACCCGGCCCUUCGACACCUCGUCGAGGUCGGAGACAAGCUCGACCCAAAGAACACCCAGUUCUACAGGGUGAUCCUCUUCGUUCCGAUCGAUGUCAGCGGUAACAUGGUGUAUCCUCGGGCUAACCAAGAGAUCAUUGACCUCCUCACCGGAAGACUCAUUGGCAUCGACAAGAAGCACAUCACCAUUUAUGGCUACAAGCGUCGCAAGGAGCUCGGCGAGGACCACCACCACGACGAAGGCAAGACUCCUCCCCCUGAGUUCCGUCAAGCGGAGCCCUGGCACGGUCUUCUCUCCUGGAUGUACACCCCCAAGGGAGCGAGUGGGAAGAGAGAGCUCGUCGUUCGCUUCGAGAGAGACAUCAUACAUCGCGAGACUUGGUGCGGCGAUGGACUCAUUGCGGCGCCUGACAGUAUGCAUGUUGACAAGCACUCUACUUCUUUGAUUUCCAAGCGACAAGACGACACCUGCCCCGUAUCUCAGUUCUGCAUGCUCAAGAAAAACUGCGGUUCGUGCGGCGGCUCUUCCAGCAAAGAACCCCAGAAACGCGACCCCUGGCCGGAACAGGUCCCAACACCCGACGAGGUGUAUCUCACCAAUGAUGACCAAAUGGUCCAGCCCGAGGACUCGCCUGAGGGAGAGCUGAAGUGGUGGCAGUCGAUGCGAAACGUCAUCGACCAGUUCGGUCCAGGUUUUGGCGGACCUCCUGAUAGCUGGCCCUGCGAAGAGGACGAAUACCCGAGGCCUUGGGCGACCAGCGAGAUCACCUUCUUUGACCGGGAGAAGUAUACUGAUAUUUCUGUUGAGAGACCUCGUUUCGGUGGUUCGGGCCCUGUCUGGGGCUGCUCCAUGCUCAUCGUCGUGUCCCCGAAAGCCGUCUGGACCAGCCACUUCUGGGAAGUUCCUGGGCACACGAGAGGAGAAGAAGAUGCUGACAGCGCGUGGCUCCAAGAGGCGUACCCCUUGCCUACGGAGCAGUACUUGAAAGAAGACAUCAUCGACCACCUUGGGACCGGUAACUUCCGAGGAAACAAACGUUCUCUGACCGCGAACCCUUUGGAUGAACACGAGAACCCGGGGCUUGCCCAAUACUUUCAGCCCGGCGGGCCGUUCAACGUGCAGGAGAUGGACUUUGUCAAGGCUUUCAUCGUCUCCCGAGGGUCUCUCCCUCCGUUCCCUGAGGACGUGAUGAUGCAUCACAGCGUCGUUGUCCAGAUAAAGGAGAAGCUCCUCCUCGACUUUGGGCUGUCCAUUGACGAGAUGUUGAAUAUCGCGUAUCGCCCGCACUUCGAGAGCGACCUUGGCAAGUCGAGGGAAGAUCACCCCGAAUGGGGUGUGUUUUCUUGGGAGUACCAUCCGCACGACGACAGCAUGGAUCUUGGCAUUGGCUUCAAAGCCUUGAGGCUGCGAUGGGAGAAGAAGGUUGUGUGGGAGAACUUAUGGUGUGGUGAUGGCCACCGGAUUGUGCCGCCCUCAGACGAUGACCUGUUCUGGCCGCCUCUUCCGCCAAUUGAUCCCGAGGCCGCUGGAGGAGACCCCAUGAUGGAAGGCCGACAAAAGACCGCUCCCGCUUGCAAGAUCCCAGCGAAGCUGACACCCUCAUCCUCGAUGACGUUCACACGCACCCCAGUUGCUCUGCCGCUGCCGACCGCGUCUUGCGUCGUGAACUCUGAGUGCGGCUCCCUCAGCUGUCCCGACAACCGACAAGCAGUGUGCUUCUUCGACCACUGUCGAUGUGUUAUCAAGGAGAGAAACGACAACAUCACAGUCACCUCAAGCCUCACCAAUGCCCGCACCAGCGCCUGGUCGACCCGCGUCACCUCCCUGAACACCACAACCAGCUUCCCCCUGACGGUAGAAACACCCUGGACCGGCACCGAGCCCUUCACGACUGUCGUCCUCUCCGAGUGGGAGCCCAUCCCGACCAAGACCAUCCCCACUGUCAUCCCCCAACCCUCCGGCGCCGGCUCGACAUGCGCCUGGGCCAGGAACUGCAUCGCCCUGCCCUGCCUCGACGACAUGUAUCCAGCCUGCGUCAAGCCCGCCAACGGCAAUCGCUACGGCUGCUACUGCGUCAUGCGGCCCGUCCCCGGCGACGCCUGCGCCGUCGAAUCCGAGUGCAACGAGAUGCGCUGCCCCGAGCACCACUUCCCCUCGUGCUCCCUGCAAGGCAAAUGCCGCUGCGAGCCCAUCCCUCGGGAGGUCGGCGCCGCGUGCAAGCUCGACUCCCACUGCGCCGGCCUCAUGUCGUGCAACAUCGUGCAGUCCGGCUUCUGCAACGGCGGCAGCUGCGAGUGCGCCAUCAAGUUCACCGACGACACCGGCUGCGCCAAGCACGGGGACUGCACCUACGUCCUCCGCAACAACGAAACGCACCCGUACAAGACGUGCUCGCGCGAGAACACGUGCGAGCUCACCGCCUCUGAGCCGUUCCACCGCCCUGAGCGCGCCGGCGAGGUGUGCAAGGAGUCCAAGGAGUGCGUCGGCAUCGCCUGCGACCGGCACAGCGACCGCAAGGUCUGCGAGGGCGGUAAGUGCGCGUGCAAGCCGUGGCGGUGCGAUACCCACGCCAGCUGCUCCGGCGAGUUCGGCCCUGCGAGCUGCGCCUCCGCAAAUAAUGUCAUGUGCUGGGAUGGGGAAUGUCAUUGCCAGCAUUGCAUGAUUGCGCUUGAGGAUGUGAAGGAGUGCGAGGCGAACAAGGAGUGUGCGAAGAACUGCUGCGGACAGCGGGUUGGCGAGGUCUCGGUUUGUCGCGACAAGAAGUGCGCGUGUAUUUCCUCGUUGUGA